AGGGUUGGCAGACAGGGUGAAGUGAAAGCACUGAUGUGUUGCAAAUCUGUCUCUGAGAUAACUUGGCACAAGCCAGGCAGCAGCAGCACCAUGCCCUGUGUGUUUUGGUAGAGCUCGUGUAUUUGCAGAGCAGGCCCAGUUUCUUAUGACUGAAGUGCUUGUUUAACUUCCCAGGACUCUGUCAUCCAGGCUAGCUGUAUUUGAGAUGAUGGAUUGUUUUGUCAGGCUGUUGUCUGUGCUGUCAGAGGAGCACUAUAAAUACACACGUAGUUCUCCAUUUCCCUAUCUCUCACUCUGUAAGAGGAAAUGGGCUUGCGAUUAGCAUUGAGAGGAACUUGUGAAAUGACACAGCUGUACUGUAAAAAACCACCAUCCCACAGACUUUACUGCCAGAGGAACUUGACAGCCAGCACUGACAGAGCCCAGAGCAGGAUUGCCCAAGCCAUGGAGCGAGAGCCGAUGCACAUAAGGGAGGGCUACUUGGUUAAGAAGGGCAGCAUGUUUAAUACCUGGAAGCCAAUGUGGGUUGUGCUCUUAGAAGAUGGAAUUGAAUUCUACAAGCGGAAGGCUGAUAACAGUCCCAAAGGGAUGAUCCCACUAAAAGGAAGCUCUAUUCAGAGCCCAUGCCAAGAUUUUGGCAAAAGAAUGUUUGUCUUCAAGCUCACUGUGGCCAAGCAGCAGGACCACUUUUUUCAAGCUGCCUACCUGGAGGAGAGAGAUGCCUGGGUGCGGGAUAUCAAGAAAGCAAUUCACCACUUAGAUGGAGGCCAAAGGUUUGCCAGAAAAUCCACAAGGAAGUCUAUCAGAUUGCCUGAAACAAUCAAUAUGAGUGCUUUGUACCUCUCAAUGAAAGAUCCUGAAAAGGGAAUAAAGGAGUUGAAGCUGGAAAAAGAUAAAAGAGUGUUUAAUCACUGCUUUACAGGCACCUGCGUGAUUGACUGGCUGGUGUCCAGCAGCUCUGUCCGAAAUCGCAAAGAAGGUCUCCUGCUUGCCUCCUCCCUCUUGAGUGAAGGCUACCUACAGCCUGCUGGGGACACGUCCAAGGCAGCUGCUGAGGGACUGUCUGACACCCCCUUCCUGGAUCUCAGUGAUGCCUACUAUUACUUUCCAGACAGUGGAUUUUUCUGUGAGGGAUAUUCCAGUGAUGAUGAUGUGGUCCUAAAAGAAGAAUUCAGAGGCACAAUUGUCAAACAAGGAUGUUUGCUGAAACAGGGACAUCGGAGGAAGAACUGGAAAGUGAGAAAGUUUGUUUUAAGAGAUGAUCCUGCAUAUCUUCACUAUUAUGAUCCUGCUGGAGGAGAAGAACCACUGGGAGCAAUUCACUUGAGAGGCUGCGUGGUGACAGCAGUGGAAGAUAUGCCAGACACCAAGAAGUAUGAUGAUGACAACAUUCUCUUUGAAAUCAUCACAGCAAAUGAAAUCCACUAUUACUUGCAAGCAGCCUCAUCCACAGAACGUACAGAAUGGAUCAAAGCAAUCCAGUCAGUUUCCAGGACUGGUAAAUGAAGAUGAUCUUCCAACAAGACAGACAAAACCGAAUUUAGCAUUUCACCAAGAGAAAGCAGUAUCAUCCCAAAGGGCUUGUGUGUUGAGAUUGAGGACUGAGUGGAAGUUUCAAUUUUAUAGUGGGCACUAACAAACUAACAUUUUCCACUUGUGUUAUGGUAAUAUUUUACUAAAUUAUAACAUAGAACAUGCCAUAUUAGUGUGUUACUGUUGCCACAGCUGAUAGUGGGAAUCUCACCAUUAACAGGGAACACAGUCAUCACUGACAGAGAGUUCCUCAAUUAAUCACCCUCUUCAGCCUGUGAUGUGUUUCAGGAUUUUCAUGUAUUUCAGUCUUGUCCAGACAAUUUUUACACUUUCUUCUUUACCAGAUCUUGUUGCUGCUUGUUCACUCACACAAAUAAUGCCAUAGAUAUAAGGAAAAGAAGUGAACUCAUUUGGAAACCUGAUCCACUCCUUUCCAAUCUGGCAGCAUUAAGAGAGAGAAGAAUGCAGACAACUAUGGAAACACCAUGUGGAACCAAGUAUAACUUCAUGACAGCAGUAUGAGGAAAAGUCUCUCUUCUCACAGUAUUUCAAACACAAAGCAAUCUCACUCCAAACUCCAUAUCACACAAUUUUAAACCUUGCCAAAUUUCUCCACAUGGAUCCGUGCCAGAACCAUUGUUUCCCUUUAUUUAGGUCUACAAAGCAGAUGCUGGGCUGUUAGAUACUGCACUCUAUUUGGAUUAAGAAUCUUGCAGGAGAAGGGAAAGGAUGCCUGGGUUGUUUACUUGAACUAUGGAUUGAAGGGGUUUUGAUUAGGUUUUCAUUUUUUAACCUCCAGCAACAUAAACAUACUCAGUCCUUGAUUCUGUGCCUUAGCAAUAUAAGAGAAACCUUGUGCUUUUAACUGAAAGAAAUAUUUUUAUUUGAUAGGGUCAGUUCACCUGAUCAAUCCUUGCCUUUUUGUAUGACCGUAUAUCAAACAAACUUCUAAGUCUUAAACUCUAAGGAGGAGUUGAAAAUCAAGUUAAUGUUAGACUGUGCAUGUAGGCUGUUCCUGGUACAGACUGAUGUUUGAGUGAAGGAGACUUCAAAAUCUUUAAAACUUUGUUGAUAAAUCUUAUAAGGUACCUUAUACUUAAGAAUUCUUAUUGGGAUCUCUUCCAACUAAAAAUAAAUGCAGAGCUAAAGCUUCUCUCCAGUUGUGCUUAAUUAUACCUGUAGCUGAGCUAAUGAGCCUGAAGCCCUGUUGCCUUGCAUUACUUAUCCCAAAGUAUAUACAGCCUUGCAGAAGCAGCAGGCUGAGACACUGCAUCAUCAUGUCCAGUUCAGCUGACCAGCAGAAAUCAGCUUCUGGCAGGCAUUUCCUGUCUCUCAUGCAAGCUAUCAGGAUCGUUGAAGUCUGAUGUGUCAUUCUGAGGAAGGAAGACUCAUGGUAAAAAGACCCACUUUUUGCUCAGCCUGCUUUCUUGAUAAUUGCUGCUUAUUUUUGCUUUCAGAGCUCACUAACCCAAAAAUACCCAAGGGCACAGGAAAAGAGAAAAAGAACCACCCCACACAACCAAAUAACAGAAACUUGUCCAGCUUACUAAAGGAGGGAUGUGACUGCCAAAAUUAAACAAAAAUUAAAAUGUU